AUGGCCGUCUUACUAUAUCUUUCCUACUUCAUCGGCGGUCAAGUCGCCCUUGCCAUCCUUUUCUACAUGCUGUCGUUGGUGGUUCCGAAGGCCGCCUUUGUGGCUCGCUCCCUCGCCUCAUACAUGUCGCUGAUGGUGGUUGCACUAUAUGGAGUAUUCGCGUCCAUAGCACUGCGAUUCGUCGGCAAGCAAGGAAUCGCGCAAUGGACUACUGGGCGCCUCUUCAAGUACCUCAUGAUCGCGACCACCGGCAUCACCUUCGAGGUCAUCGACCCCGAGAAGCACCUCGAGCGAACACGACCCGCCGUUUUCAUCGGCAACCACCAGACCGAGCUCGAUGUGCUCAUGCUGGGAUGCAUGUUCCCCCAAUACUGCAGCGUCACUGCGAAGAAGGCAUUGAAGAGCUGGCCGUUUCUGGGCUGGUUUAUGGCUCUGAGUGGCACGGUCUUCAUUGAUCGCAAAAACUCAAAGGAUGCAAGACAGGCAAUGAGCGGCGCCGCGGACGAGAUGAAAACCCGGAGACAAAGUGUCUACAUGUUUCCCGAGGGUACCCGUAGCUAUGCCAAGGAUCCCACUCUGUUGCCCUUCAAGAAGGGUGCCUUCCACCUUGCCGUCCAAGCCGGCGUGCCUAUCGUCCCUGUGGUCGUGGCCAACUACUCGCAUGUUCUGUACUUCAAGAAUUUCGUUUUUAACGCAGGCAGGAUUCCUUGCAAAGUGCUCGAUCCCAUCCCCACCACUGGUUUGACGACCGCCGAUGUCGAUGAGCUCACCCGAACAACACGAGACUUGAUGCUCAGAGAACUCGUUGCUUUGACCGAGAAAGCUCAAGGGCGGCUUAUUGCCGUGCCAGCAUCUAGUGGCAAGGACGGUGUCGUUAAGGCUAGUGGUGUCGAUGCAGCACUUUCUUGA